GCUGCCGCCGGGCUCGCGCGGUCCGCUCCCGGCUCCGCGGCCUCGGCCCUCGGCUCUCCGCCUCCGCCCCCUCGGACUCCCGCCCCUCCGCUCACCCCGCUCCUGCCCCGGUGCGGCUCGUUUCGCAACCGCUCGCCACUUGCCCCGUGCCCGGCUGUUUUUUCAUUCCCGGCCCCCACUUCUGGAGUACUUUGCCCCUGCAUUUGGGGAGAGGGGCUGGAAGACGGGCUGGUGGCGCGUCCUGAGGAGAAGGAGGAAGCGAGGCCCGCAGGAGGCGGCGGCUCGGCGGACUGUGGGGAGGGGACCCCACGCCACCCUGUCUGGCCGUCUCCCCGGCCGCCCCGCCCCUGCGCACACUCCCUCGCGGGCGAGCUACUUUCGGACGAGGAAAGUGAGGGCGGCCCUGGGUGACAGCGCCGCGGGGCCAGUCCCGGGCUUAGCCGCGCGUCUGCUCGCUCUCGUCCGUCGCUCUCCCAGCCGGGGCGCAGCCCGGACCGAGGAUGGCUUCGACCACAACCUGCACCAGGUUCACGGACGAGUAUCAGCUUUUCGAGGAGCUCGGAAAGGGGGCAUUCUCAGUGGUGAGAAGAUGUAUGAAAAUCCCUACUGGACAAGAAUAUGCUGCCAAAAUUAUCAACACCAAAAAGCUUUCUGCUAGGGAUCAUCAGAAACUGGAAAGGGAAGCUAGGAUCUGCCGUCUUUUGAAGCACCCUAAUAUUGUGCGACUUCAUGACAGCAUAUCAGAAGAGGGGUUUCAUUACUUGGUGUUUGAUUUAGUUACUGGAGGGGAACUGUUUGAAGAUAUAGUGGCAAGAGAAUAUUACAGCGAAGCUGAUGCCAGUCAUUGUAUACAGCAGAUUCUAGAAAGUGUAAAUCAUUGUCACCUAAAUGGCAUAGUUCACAGGGACCUGAAGCCUGAGAAUUUGCUUUUAGCUAGCAAAUCCAAGGGAGCAGCUGUGAAAUUGGCAGACUUUGGCUUAGCCAUAGAAGUUCAAGGAGACCAGCAGGCGUGGUUUGGUGUCAUUCUCUAUAUUCUACUGGUGGGGUAUCCGCCUUUCUGGGAUGAAGACCAGCACAGACUCUACCAGCAGAUCAAGGCUGGAGCUUAUGAUUUUCCGUCACCAGAAUGGGACACAGUGACUCCCGAAGCCAAAGACCUCAUCAAUAAAAUGCUAACCAUCAACCCUGCCAAACGGAUCACAGCCUCAGAGGCGCUGAAGCACCCAUGGAUCUGCCAACGCUCUACUGUUGCUUCCAUGAUGCACAGACAGGAGACUGUAGACUGCUUGAAGAAAUUCAAUGCUAGAAGAAAACUAAAGGGUGCCAUCUUGACAACCAUGCUGGCUACGAGGAAUUUUUCAGCAGCCAAGAGUUUGUUGAAGAAACCAGAUGGAGUGAAGAUAAACAACAAAGCCAACGUGGUAACCAGCCCCAAAGAAAAUAUUCCCACCCCGGCGCUGGAGCCCCAAACUACUGUAAUCCACAACCCUGAUGGAAACAAGGAGUCAACUGAGAGUUCGAACACAACAAUUGAGGAUGAAGAUGUGAAAGCACGAAAGCAGGAGAUUAUCAAAGUCACUGAACAACUAAUCGAAGCUAUCAACAACGGGGAUUUUGAAGCUUACACAAAAAUCUGUGACCCAGGCCUUACUGCUUUUGAACCUGAAGCUUUGGGUAAUUUAGUGGAAGGGAUGGACUUUCAUCGAUUCUACUUUGAAAAAGCUUUGUCCAAAAGCAAUAAACCGAUCCACACUAUCAUCCUGAACCCUCACGUGCACCUGGUGGGGGACGACGCCGCCUGCAUCGCCUACAUCAGGCUCACGCAGUACAUGGACGGCAGCGGGAUGCCAAAGACCAUGCAGUCAGAAGAGACCCGCGUGUGGCACCGCCGGGACGGAAAGUGGCAGAACGUUCAUUUUCAUCGCUCGGGGUCACCGACCGUACCCAUCAAGCCACCCUGUAUUCCAAAUGGGAAAGAAAACUUCUCAGGAGGCACCUCUUUGUGGCAAAACAUCUAAGGCCUGAAAACCAUUCACAUAUGGUCUUCUAAAUAUCGACAGUGCCACUCUGCAUUCUCUGUUCUCAAGGCACCUGGAAGGUGAUCCUGGGCCGUCCUCUCCUCCUCUUCAUGCAUGUUUCUCGGUGCAUGAAGUUGUGAAGGUCCCACAUGUAAUGCAUAUGUGAUCCGUCAUCUUACCAUGUUCCUUCCUAUAACGUUGUUUACACUCCAGCUGCGGGGAUGCUCCACGCAAACUUAAAUUGCUGUUGGCAACCAAUGGGGGGAGGUCAGACAAAAAAUUCCACAAGAUUCCAAGUACAACUAUUCAUCGAGUUUCUCUGCUUAUGCCAAGAUUUAAC